UAUAUACAUUCAUGUACAUUUAUCUUUAUAAAUGUAAAAGCUCCAAAAGUCAAUAUGUAUCACAAUGCCUGUCUGUAGAUGCUAGAGGAAUGACACUUCCCUUGAGCUAUUUUAAGUGAAAAAGCACUCCAUUCACUGGAAACACUAAGCCUGUCUGUCUCACCCCUUUUCACUUGAAAAUGUAAGCAUGUGAUUAGCACAGGAGAAAUAUUUUAGCCUGCUUCAGUUCACUUCAGUUUCAGUGGAGUCAACAACGACAGCCGAUCGCUGUUUAACACAAGAGCAAGCGAGGUAAAUGCACUCAGACAUAUUUUAAAUAUUGUAAUAUUGAUUCUGUAAUGGAUUAAAGAAUGAUAGUAUAGUACUAGAACAUGCAGAAAUGAAUGUCUGUUUAAAUGCAUUAGAUGCCUGUCAUGCAUGAUUAAUUCACCCAAGCUCAGUUACUUCUACCCAUUAAAUCAUCACCAUAUGCACAGGUCUACAGAGGGACAUCAGAUCAAUGCAAUAUGGAUUAGGAGUCAACCACUACUGUGACUGUAGUUUUCCAGUUAUUCUUCUUCAGUUUAAUAUAUGCAUUAAGCUCAUCAAUAAUUAAUACUGAACACACCAUCACUGCAAACUGUAAAUGACUAAACCAUGAUGCAUACAUUAAACUGAAGAGGAGGAUGAAGACUUAACCGGAAAACUGCUUUCAAUCUCAAUCUAUAUUGUAUUGAAUUUAUGUUCAUCUUUAAGCUGUUAGACAUUGAGUUAAAUGUUACACUGACACAUUUAUUUUUAAUAAUUGGUAUAGAUAUUUAGCUAAAUUGAGCAGAAACUCCUGAUAGAUUCACUGAAUGCUGCCCUGCAGCAGAUUUUUGCUACUUAUUUUUUAAUGCUAAUUUUCCGCCUCCUGAAACUUGUUGGCAAUGACAAUGCAAUGUAAUUAAUUUUGUAAUUUGUUUUAUAGAUAUGGAAACUGUUAUCUGACCCAGUGAAGUACUAAAUAAGAUAUAUUUAUGUCUUCCCUGUACCUUUUGUGAGGUCCAAGUCACUUUUACUAAGGAUACAGUAAAAAAAAAAGUUGUAGUAUGGAUAAGAAAUUGGACCUAUCCAGACUCACGGAUGAGGAGGCCAAGCACGUGUGGGAGGUGAUCCAGAGAGACUUCGAACUUAGGAAGAAAGAGGAGGAGAGACUCGGGAAUUUAAAGACCAAGCUUGAGAAGGAGGACACAAAGCGAGAGCUCCUGAGCUCUCAGUCCAACCUCACUGCUUCCCACUGCAUUCGCUGCCUGCAGCCCUUCAAGUUCCUGGUGAACAGCAAGCGUCAGUGUCUGGACUGCCAUUUCUACAUCUGCAAGACUUGCAGCCGCUACAGUACAAAGGAGCACGGCUGGGUGUGUGAUCCAUGCCGAAUGUCCAGGGUCCUGAAAAUUGGAACCCUGGGCUGGUAUCACGACAACAUACGCUCUCGCUUCAAGCGCUUUGGUAGCGCCAAAGUGAUGAGGUCGCUCUACAAGAGAUUAAACGGAGAGGGUCGCCGUGAUGAUGAUGUGCAAUCUAUGCCUGACAUCCACAAUGUGUACAAUGGCCAUGAUGAUGAGCAUAUGGAUGCAAUGGAAGCUCAGCGCUAUAAGCAGAUGCGAAAGACGAAGCGUCUACUCUCUGUCCACCCUACGGACCUGGAAAUAGAUGAAAAUGGCAGCCAUUCUCGGCGAAAUUCCGUGCAGUAUAUACAAGAUGAGCGUGGAAUGCUGCGGAAUGAUUUGGAACACAGCGCUGACAUGUACCAUCACCAUCAUCACCGCAUGAAUCGGAGGAAGAGUCUAGAUCGUUUCUCACGACCAGAUGAUGGCAUGUACUCUGAGCACAGGAUGGUACGUGCUCGCUCUCUAUCCAAGAUCUCUGCCUUACCACAGCGUUCCUACUAUCUGGACACCUCGGAGGAGGAGGAUGCUUAUCAUUUCCCCGUCUACCAACUCCAAUCGCGCCGUCGUAGUCGGGCGUCCUCACAGGAAAACAUCACUUACAGCACUCCUCCAAUUAAUGAACUGAACAAGAGAAUGUAUGCCAUUGAGAGUCUCUUGAAUCGACUGGAGGAGAAGAUGAACGUGCCUAAUGAUCAGCAGGCACAAGCCUCAGCAAGCCAGCUGGAGGAGGAGAAGCUGAAAAAGAAGCUGGAUGAGCUGAUGAGUGACAGAGCACUGUCUUCAGAUGAGGAUGAGCCAAAGAAACCCAUUCAAUUCAAGGGGCCUGGUGUGAAAGGUUCCCAGCGAACUGAACAAGCAUCCUCAGUACAGGAAGCAGCCUUGAGCUCCUCUAGUGAUGAGAUGCCUACUGAGACUCAGAAGGUAUAUCUGACAGCAGGGAAGUCAUUUGACAUGGAGAGAAAGUUGAGGCAGAUCGAACGGAAUGCUAAGAACCAUUAUAGAGGCCCUCUCACUGACUCUGAACUCUCUGAACUGGAAGAUCAGCUUGCAGCAACUGCUUCGAAAGUGCAGACUACAGAGAGUGAGGUGUCGGACAUUGAGAAUAAAAUCGCUGUUCUUAGUGCAUCAGGACUAUCGAUAGAUAAAGCCAAGAAAAAGGCGUCAAGCAUACAAAAAAGAAGAACGUCCCAAGACAUCCUCAUAAACAGAGUACAUUUUUGAACAUGUAGUUAGCACUACUUUAAUAAUACUUUUCUACAGCUUUUCUUCACACCACUGCUUUAACAACAUCGUUUUACUUUGUACUGUUUUUCUUCUUCCUCUUCUGCCCGGAGGACGUAUUGUAAUCUAGCGCAAUAACCCCGUUCCUGUCUUUUCCACACAUUCCCUGUGAUGUAUAAAGAUACAUGAGAUGUGCUUCUAAAUAAUCUUUUCAUCUAGUUAUUACUUAUCUUCAAGGCAGAAAGAAUGAUCAAUUAUCAUGAACGCUUUCUUUCUUUGGAAUAAAAAUGUGUAAAUAUAUUCCCAUUAAAACGGUCCUUAACUGAUUACUGCCUAAAGCUGAACUCUGGCCAAUAUCGAUAACGUGCAUUUAGGGAUUUAAAAUAAAGACCUCUCAGUGGGCUGAGCUUGUGUAAGGGCUACAUAAAUAACCCCAUGUGCCUUAACCCAACCCAGUUCACGCCCUCAGUACUGAUUUUCACUCAAUAAAGGUAGCUUCACAGCCCAAACAAGCAGUUUAAAGAAUGAGUAGUUUAUUAAGUUUAUUGAUCGGUUUAGGACUUAGUUACAGAUGGCUAAAUAUGUACAUUUAUUCAAAGGUGAUAGCUGUUUGUUGUUAGCAUUACAUUUUUACAAAAUAGUGAGUACACAGUAUUUAAGUAUAUAGAAAUUACAAUUAAUUACAUCUAUGUAUGCAUAGUGAAUACAUGAAAUGGCAUAAAAUAAAUACAUGGUUUCUAUAUAUGGCACCAGAAUGUAGGCUAUUAAUUACUCAGGAAUGUUGGGCUUGUAAGUAAUUUC